AUGUCUAACAAGAAGUUCCUUAUUUACAGCCUAGCCGUUGUGGCUAGAGCUUCUGUCAUCAGUCAACGACAAAACACCGUAACCAAUGCCUCAAGCCAUUGCAAGGUGCUUCCUGGUGACGACGCUUGGCCAAAAGUAUCGGACUGGAACAGCCUUAACCGGACUGUCAAUGGCCGUUUGAUUGCCUCGGUUCCCGUCGCUAGUGUUUGCCACGACCAGCCUUUCAACAACUACAAUGCUGAUACUUGCACUACCCUCCAGAAUACAUGGGCUGACCCAACUCUAUUGCGGAUCAAUAAUCCAAGCGAAGUCCUCAGCAUGUAUUUUGAUAACUAUACUUGUGAUGCGUUCACUCCAAGGUCUCAGGCUUGCGAGUUAGGCAAUCGUGCCAGCUAUGUGAUCAAUGUAACAGGGGUUGCAGACGUCAAGGCUGGAAUCGACUUCGCUCGUAAACGCAACGUGCGAUUGGUCAUCAAAAAUACCGGACACGAUUAUCUGGGCAAGUCAACUGGAAAAGGGGCGCUAUCGCUGUGGACUCACAAUUUGAAGUCGACGAAGUAUAUUCCUAAUUACAAAUCAUCUUAUUACACAGGUCCUGCUAUGAAGUUAGGGGCUGGCGUCGAAGGAUUCGAGGCUUACGCAGCUGCUAAUGCUACCGGCCACCGUAUUGUUGGAGGAUCUUGCCCCACAGUUGGAAUUACUGGAGGAUACUCUCAAGGAGGUGGUCAUUCCUUACUCAGUAGCUUGCAUGGUAUGGGCGCGGAUAACGUCUUAGAAUGGGAAGUCGUGACUGCGGAUGGGAAGCAUUUGGUCGCGACACCCACGCAAAAUUCCGAUCUCUACUGGGCUAUGAGUGGCGGUGGCGGGGGUACCUACGCUGUUGCUCUCUCUAUGACCAGCAGGCUCCAUAGUGACGGCAUUGUCGGUGGCUCAAAGCUGACUUUUAACGAUACGAAGGUUGGCAACGACGCUUUCUGGGAAGCUAUCGGAUCAUACCACACACUCCUCGCACCAUUCGUCGAUUCGGGAAAUACUUGGCUCUAUACUCUCACCAAUAAUGUAUUCGACUCAUGGGUUGUCACUAUGCCUGGUGCUGACCUUAACAAGGUCAAUGCGCUGAUGAAGCCUUUCCUCGAUGAUCUUACUAAGCGUGGCAUCGACUACGACUACACGACGAGCAUUGCGGAAAAUUAUUAUAACCAUUUUGAUCAUUAUCUGGGACCGUUGCCAGAAGGAAUUACCCCUUACGCUCCUUUUACUGGUAGCCGAAUUCUCCCGCGUGCGAUGUUCCUUGAUCCAGCGCAAAAUCCGACCAUUACGGGCUCUCUUCGGAACGCUUCUCUUGCAAAAGCCUUCGAUCCUCUAGCCUGCCUAGCUUUGAACGUGACAGGAAAAGCGCACUCAAAAAAUGCAGUAUUGCCCGCGUGGCGUGAUAGCAUCUCUGUCUGCCUAACACCGGGUGUUUGGGACGAGCACGCUAGCCCAGCCGAGAUGGCCGAACGUCAAGAUUAUGCAGCAAAUGUGCUGCAGCCCAUGCUGGACGCCGCCUCACCUGGAGGUGGCGUCUAUCUGAACGAGGCCAACUAUAAGCAGCAGAACUGGCAGAAGGAGUUUUACGGGACCAACUACAAACAACUGCUUGCGAUCAAGAACAAGUACGACCCGGAAUCUCUACUCUAUGCCCACACUGCAGUAGGCAGUGAAAAGUGGAUUGAGGAUGAGAACUGGAGGUUAUGCAAAGCUUGA